AUGGUUGGUCCAUCCACCCCCGAUCGUCCCAUGGACGCGCGAAAUGCCGAAUACACUCGGCCUCCUGAUCCCUCCUCCCCUACCAACCUCAACACGCGCGCUGGAAAACGGAUGAAAGCACCUAAGGGCUAG